UUUUUCGCUAUUCAAAAUGGCACCGUCUCAAUCAGGAAGUGGAGAAAACAACUAAGAAGAAUAAGUUGGAUAAAAUCCCUUAUUGCUGUUCCUUUGACGCGAGUCUUCGUUCAAAAACAUCCCGUGUGGUCGGGGUUUGGAUUGAAAAUAACAAACAUAUUAUUGGUCAUGGAAAGCAUUUUCCCUUGUUAGAAGUAAUAUCUGGGACACAGCCAGUGCGUGGGUGGUGGUCGGAGGGUACAUAGCCUUAGUCAGCUGGUGGUCAUGUGUGAAGCUCUGGUCUGAUGCCCACCCUCCCCUCAGCGCUGGCCAUGGACGGGGAGAACUACCUGCAUCCAGAAGGCCCUCAGCUGGACAGCAGCUUGUUCUCUGUGGCCUCCCCUAACACCGAGAGUUCAAUAUAUGCCUCCUCUGGUUCCUGGGGAUCCUACUCUGAGCAGCCUGGAUACAACAUACACUGCCCUAUGCAAUCUGGAAACCAGCAAUACCACUUGAACAGCAGUACUACCACCACCACUCCAGAUGUGCACAUGGACAUGUACUCGGGAUUCCAUGACGUCGACUUUUCCGGCCUCAACCUCCCUAGGAAUGGAGACUUCCCCCCGGACCUGUCCUGCAUUGAUGACCUCUCUACAAACUCUCUGUUCUCCUCUCCGGCUGACUCACUGUCAGAGUAUGCUGAUGCCCAGCCCUUCAUCAGCCCAGACAACCUGAACACAGUGCCCACCCUCUGGGACGUCAACACUAGUACCACCACCACACCAGCACAGAGCCAGCUUGAGCUGAAUGGCACCAGCAGGUUUCAUGGCUUGGCCAGUUUGGAUGAUAUAACUGCUAUUAUCAGCACCCCACCUUUAGGAGGAUUCCAGCCCCAGAGAACUCAGCCACCCCCAGAGGAGGAAGAGGAUGCUGAGGAAGAGGAGACGGAUGAAUUGGGACAUGUAGACACAUAUGCUGAGUACAGACCUUCCAAAUCCACUAUAGGAAUUUCUCAUCCUGACAUAGUGGUGGAGACCAGCACGCUAUCCAGUGUCCCCCCUCCUGACAUCACAUACACUCUGUCUAUCCCCGAGUCAACUAUUAACUGUGGCCGACUGUCCGCUCUGCAGCUAGAGGCCAUCAUCUACGCCUGCCAGCAACACGAGGUUAUCCUGCAGAACAACCAGAGGGCAGGCUUCCUGAUCGGAGAUGGGGCAGGGGUUGGAAAGGGACGCACUGUGGCAGGUAUCAUCCUGGAGAACUACCUUAAGGGAAGGAAGAAAGCACUAUGGUUCAGCAUAUCCAAUGACCUGAAAUUUGAUGCAGAGAGAGAUUUCAAAGACAUAGAUGCACAGACUAUUCCUGUGCAUGCCUUAAACAAGAUUAAGUAUGGAGACACAGCUACCUCAGAAGGAGUCCUCUUUGCAACUUACUCUGCGCUGAUUGGAGAGAGCCAGGCUGGAGGGCAGCACCGGACGAGAAUUAAACAGAUCCUAGACUGGUGCAAGCCAGACUUUGACGGAGUUAUCAUUUUUGAUGAAUGCCACAAAGCCAAGAAUGCCACAUCUACAAAGAUGGGCAAGGCAGUGCUUGACCUGCAAAACAAGCUGCCACGGGCCAGAGUGGUGUAUGCCAGUGCCACAGGUGCCUCUGAGCCAAAGAACAUGAUCUAUAUGAGCCGCCUGGGAAUCUGGGGUGAGGGCACGCCCUUCAGAGCCUUUGAUGACUUCCUGCACGCCAUCGAGAAAAGAGGUGUAGGUGCUAUGGAGAUCGUUGCCAUGGACAUGAAAGUGAGCGGGAUGUACAUCGCCAGGCAGCUGAGCUUCUCAGGGGUGUCUUUCCGCAUUGAAGAGAUCGGACUGGACAGUGACUUCAAACUGGUCUAUAACAAAGCUGCCAUACUGUGGGCGGAGGCGUUGCAGGUGUUCAUGCGUGCAGCUGAUGAGCUGGGCCUGGUCAGCAGGAAGUCUCUGUGGGGGCAGUUCUGGUCGUCUCACCAGCGCUUCUUCAAAUACCUCUGUAUCGCAGCCAAGGUUCGCUGCCUGGUAGAGCUGGCCCAAAAAGAGCUGCUGGCUGGAAAGUGCAUCGUUAUUGGGCUGCAGUCUACCGGAGAGUCCCGCACCAGAGAGGUCCUGGAUGAGAAUGACGGGCAGCUCGACAGAUUUGUCUCUGCAGCAGAGGGAGUAUUCCAGUCUCUUGUAACAAAACAUUUUCCGUCAGAGAAACAGAGGAGAGAGAAAGCCCCAGGGAAUAAAAGAAAACGGAAGCCUAGAGGUCGCCAGCCCAAGGUACCGAAGCACACCGUGGAUAGCGGUGGUGUGAUCAACAUCAGCGAUGACAGCAGUAGUGACUCCGAUGGCAUGGACACGGACUCCAACUCCUCACCAGACUCUCUGCUAGACAAUGAUGAUGUCAUCUUUGUUAACCACACUAGCUGCCAGACAGCCAGGAUUGAGGAGAUGAAGCAGGGCCUCCUCAACAAAAUAUCCGUGCUGGGAAAAGAACUACCUCUCAAUACCUUGGACGAGCUCAUCGAUAAGUUUGGAGGACCAGAUAAAGUCUCAGAGAUGACUGGUCGUAAGGGUCGUGUGGUGCGGCGUCCUGAUGGCAGUGUCCGAUACGAGUCACGGGCUGAGCAGAAUCUUACCAUCGACCACAUUAACAUCAAGGAGAAGGAUCGCUUCAUGGGUGCAGAGAAGUGGGUGGCCAUCAUCUCAGAGGCGGCCAGCUCCGGGAUUUCUCUGCAGGCGGACAAGAGAGUGAAAAACCAGAGGCGCAGGGUCCACAUGACCUUGGAGCUGCCUUGGAGUGCAGACAGGGCCAUUCAGCAAUUUGGUCGCACCCAUCGGUCCAAUCAAGUGACAGCCCCAGAGUACAUCUUCCUCAUUUCAGAGUUGGCUGGGGAGAGACGCUUUGCCUCCAUCGUGGCUAAGAGACUGGAGAGCCUGGGUGCAUUAACCCACGGAGACCGAAGAGCCACAGAAUCCAGAGACCUGAGCAAGUACAAUUUUGAGAACAAGUACGGCACCAAGGCUCUGGAUAAAAUCACCAAAGCAAUCCUCGGCCACAUAGAGAACAAGGUGCCCCCUCCCAAAAGCUACCCCGGGAGUGAAGCCAUGUUCUUCAGAGAGAUGAAACUUGGAAUGAUGGAUGUGGGCAUCUUUUGUAGGGAGCCUCGCUUUGGCAUCAAUACUGAGAAAGACUGCAGCAUCACAAAGUUCUUAAAUCGCAUCCUCGGCCUGGAGGUCCACAAGCAGAACCAGCUCUUCCAGUACUUCACUGACAACUUUGACUACCUAAUCGAGAAGGAUAAGAAGGAGGGCAAAUAUGACAUGGGAAUCCUAGAUCUUGCCCCGGGUAACGAUGAGAUCUACGAGGAGAAGCAGGAAACUUUCUUGACUGUUGGAAACCCUCAGGAUGGACAGGUUGUGCUCUAUAAGAUCAGUGUGGACAGAGGCAUGCCCUGGGACGAGGCCUUCAACAGGUCACUGAAGCUCAGCGGUCCUGACGACGGAUUCUACCUGUCGCUGAAGCUGCGAGGUAACCACCCAUGCGUGCUCCUAGCUGAGCAAGGAAGAGGCAAGAACCUCAUUGUCUACAAGCCGAAUAUUGGCAAGCAGACGCAUCCCGAGAGCCUGGACAACCUGCAGCAGCGUUACCGGAAGGUGACUCCAGAGGAAGCCAGGGACAGCUGGGAGAACCAGUUCACCUUCUCCUUCAAGAAGUGUAGCCAUGCCAACUGGAAUGGGAAGUGUAAGAAAAUAGAGGAAGGUCAUGAGUGUCUGCAGGGAAUGCGCCUCCGUCAGUACCACAUGUUGUGUGGUGCUCUGUUGCGUGUGUGGAAGCGUGUGUCCGAUGUGGUGUCUGACGUCACCAGCUCCAGCAUCCUGCAGAUUGUCCGCCUUAAAACCAAACAGCAUAACAAGCAAGUCGGUAUCAAGAUCCCAGAGAACUGUGUGGCCCGUGUGCGCGAGGAGCUGUUGCUAAUGGACGAGGAGGUGAAGAAGAGACGAAAGGAGAGGGAGCAGCAGGCCGCGGAGCAGCGGGUGGCUCAGGACCGCAAGCGUAAAAUGGAGCAGGAUAACAAACACCUCCUGUCCAAUCUGUUCAACCAUAAGCCCAUGGUUAACCAGUCCCUCGCACAGUCUCUGGCCCAGAGUCAGCUCAAACAGAAACUGAACCAAAACGCUCAACAAAGGACGCAAACUGGGAGCAUCUCUCAGCUACAGAGACUGCAAGCCCAAGCCCAAGCCCAGUUCACUUUACAGCAGCCCUCCCAGAACGUACCCCUGUUGUCUUUACAGAGAAACCCCGGGCAAACCCAGCAAAGGACCCAUAACAGCUGGCCCAACAAUUCCACCACCAACCAGGGCCCUGUCCCCAACCCGGUUGGCAUCCUCUCCAAUUUCUCUCAGUUUUACCCACAGUCCUUUGCAUCGUCUUAUCAACAGCUGAAGAACACAACACUUCAUCCACUCCAUCAGACCACACUGUCUCCCAACUUGUCCUCCAAGAAUCCCCUGGAUGAGAUCUUGGACCUGACUGUGGGCUCCCCAUCUCCCUCCCCAGACACCACGGAGGGUGGACUGAAUCUGGAAAGUUUGGCAGGACACUCUGCAGCAUUCCCAGAUGACUUUAAUCUGGAGUCUCUGAUCUCUCAGACGGCACAGAAUGCUCAGCACGCUGCACAAAUACAGCAGCCUCAUUUGCUACAGCAGCAGCAGCAUCUGCAGGCAACACAGCAGCGGAACCCGAACAUGCUGGCCAAUAACCACCACCAAGACUUGUUAGAUUUAUUUGACUUGCCCCUGUCUCCCCAGAUGCCCACACAGAAAGCCAGCCCUUCAUCCUCUACCUCCUCCUGCUCUUCCUCCGCGUCCUCCACCUCAAACAACCUGGUUCCACACGUCUCCGCCGGCCUCCUGCCCGCCUCCAGCCUCAUCCCAACAUCAUCCCCCUCUUCUCUCUUCUCCAGCCCGUCCUCGUCCUCCUCUCUGUUUUCCAACUCUUCCCCUCACUUCUCUUCCAACUAUCUCCUCCCUCAGUCAGACUCGCUAUCCUUACCCAACGGCCACUCCGGCACUCUAGACGUUCGCGAGGCUCUGAACAGCAUGCUACAAGACGGCUCGGACCGCAAAUCUGUCAUUAAGUACCGGCCACAAGACUAAGAGCUUAAACGGCAACAGCUCGUCUGGACUUUGUUUUUCUUUAGUUCAUUUUAGUUUUGUCUUUUAAAGCAGAUUGUGUCUUGUUUGCUGCUGUCUAUGAUCGCACCCUCGGACCUACUCCCUCUCUCCCCUCAGGGCCUAUAGUCACGUCACUGCCUGUCCUGCACUCGGCUCACCCUUCUCUUUAUCCACCUGUAGCGUUCACCUGCUUGAGGCUGUUUAGGCGAUUGUGGGCUCCAUCAAUAUCAGAUUUCUGCACCAAAGUGUGAAAGGCAGCUGUAUAAAAAAAAAAGAAACAAAAGUGAAACAAAAAAGAAGAAACUGUAUUUUAUUGAACAUACGAGCUGUCAAAACAAAAGCUCAUUCAUUGAGGUGUGGAAAUCUUUUAAUAAACCUCCCGCUGCUGAUUUUACGAGGUAUGAUUGGUGAAGUUGCUGGAAGCUCUAAAUGCCUUUCACCAGUUAAAACCACAUCAUUAGACUUUGCUUUACUGUUACUUCGCUUCAUGGCCGUUUGUCUUGACUAAAACAAGGCUGUAUGCAAGGCUUGGUUUGAGUGAAACAAAAGAUACAUUGAACUGGAAGAUGAGGAAAAGCAAACAGAUGAAAUCUUUUAGCUGAUAAGCCAUGAAAUGCCUCAGUUUUCAUUUUUUCUCUUCUACAUGCUCCCUAUUGUUUCUCUCCCUGCUUGUAUGAACACUAGUGUGAGGAAAAAGGGAGAGGAAGAGCAGUCUGCUGUUGCAAACAGUGCCUUUGGAGAAAUCUAUAAAUGCAGUCUUUAAAAAUCCAUGUAGCCUAAUGUAUAGAUUUGUACUCUUGAGCGUUGGUUUUCAUUUUAAUUUAAACAUGGUAUAUUUGUAUUUAACUUUUAGCCCCCUCAGUCAGUCAGUCAGUCAGUCGAUGUUUGUGUUACACUAUGCUGGUGGCGGGUUUCAGGAAGAAGCCUCCAUUAACUCUGUAUGUGUUCGUAUGAUUGUCUGUGUAGCUGCUCUGAAAACGAGAGCAGCGGACUCGUCCUUUUUUCUGUGUCUUUCUGUCCCUGUUGAUGCGAGCGACAUUGUGCUACAUGGUCAGUACGGCACGGAUUAUUGAGCAGCAUGGAUAUAAAUUGUGUCCAAAAAUGUUAUCACCGCCCCCCCCCCCCCCCCCCCCCCUUUUUUUUUUCUUUUUUUUAAAAGCUGACAAUAACAUUUAGUGAUGUGACUCCUGGUUUGAUUGAUUUUGAAUUUCUCAGGAAAGUCUCGAGUGCUUUGUUGUUGUUUUGUGUCAUUUUGACCAACAAACAUGAACAUUUGUUUCUAAGUACAGUGGAUGACAAAGAAUUUCAAGCUUUUUAUUGUCUUGAUGUCUGAAAAGAAAAUCCUGUUGUUGUUUUUAGCGAUUAUAAAUAGCUAGUGUUAGACAAAUUUCUCAAUAAGUGCAUUUCCAUUUCAGGCGUCAAGACUAUAAAAAGAUUUGAAACGUGCAGACUUGUGAUGUUCUCUGUGUAUGAUAGUACAUAUUUAAAGACCUGUGAGAUCUGGCCAUCUUUGUGUGAAAACGAUGCACUGUAGUUGGUUCAUGACAAAAUGCCGGGAUAAGUUCAAGUGAUCAAAAAGCAAUAAAACCAUAUUCUACAUUUUAUUGUGAAACAGAAAUGCCUAAGUACUGUUUACGCUCAACAGGCAAAGCUUUGUGGUUACCUUUGCAUGGUAUGAAUCUUCUUAUUUCUGUUGUGCUUCAUAGUCUUUUAGUUAAACAGAUUCUGAAAUGCAUACAACCUUUUUGUAUAGUAAGUUUUCACGGGAUGAGCGCAAUGCGUUCUUGAUGUUUUAGUCAUCGUUAUUAUUAAAAGUUAUUGUUAUUUAUAUUUAAGGGAUAUUUAGAUUUUAGAUAUGUUAUCCUGCUUAUUAGAAUAGUUAUGGAAAUGUUUGGUCAGGGAAGUUUCUAGUUUUCAAGAUUACUAUAAAACAAAUUCUAUUAUAACCUGCCACCAAAUAAGAUUGCACUGUUCUGUACUGCUGUACAGUGUCUGGAUUUAUUUCUGCUCAUGUCAGUUUUGCUUUUUUCUCAAGUACAAUUGUUUCUCCAACUCGUAGACCUUUUGUCAGGCCUAUAGUUUGCAGAGAGAUACCAAAGUAUUCCACAGACACCCCGUAAAGUUACUGGCUCUAAGAUAUCAGACCUUUUAUCAAUCUCAGGAAGAAACCUACAAGAGGUGUGACGGCGGGGCGUUUAGCAGAAAUAUAUAAUUUCCCCUUAUAACCGUGGUGAAACUAACCAGUACAUGUGCUAUUCUGUUCUUAACUGUGCUGUGACUCUUGCUGUAUUUAUGUUUUAGACUUAAUGUGAUGGGUUUGUUGUUUGUCCUUGUGAACAUGUCAGUGAUUAUAAAUGUUUAUGCCUUCUUAGGGCAAAGAUCAACGGCUGUUUCUUUUUUAAGUAACUUCUUCUGUGGAUAGUUUUAUUCGGGUUGGACAUUAAAUUCAUGUUAACGCUGACAGAUUGUUGAGUCUAUUCGCACCUGGGUUAUACUGAUAUGUGCAAUUGAUCUGUCCAAGCCUCAGUGUAACACAUUUUUAGGUUCAGACUCUUUUUUUUUUAUUUGCGGCAUCUUACUAUAUCAUGUUUGGCUGGUACUCUUAUUCAUUUAUUCUUUUAAUAUUCCUCAUCAGGCACAUUCCGACACAUCAGUCUGCAAAAUAUUUACCUUCGAUUUUGUUUUAUAGUCACAAAAAUAAAGCUUUUUUUUGCAUUUUAGGGAUAAGGAGGAAAAAAAGCUUAGUUUUUUUUUUCUUUACAGAUUCAUAGUAAUAGUGUAUUUAGGCAUUUUAUCGUUUUAUUAUCAUUUUGCACUAAGAAUGGCAUAAUCAAGUUACUGUUCUCUUGUGGGUUAUGAUUGAUUGUUGCAAGCUUGUUGUUUUUCUGAUCUUUGAUGGAUAGCUCUGUGUAUACUGUAACCAUCUUUUUUGUUUCUCCACCGUUUGCAUACUUCAACAUGUUAUCACUCUCAAAAUAAUUUAUUGCUAACAAAAAAAUGAAACAAAAAACAUGCUACUGAUUGUAUGUAUUUUUAAACAAAGCCUAUUUUUUCUGUAAAAAAAGAAACCGUGUUCAGCACUUUUAUUCUGGGUUGUGCUUUUGUUUUCUAUAUAUUUAUAAUUUAGAUCCAAAUGUAUAUAUUGUAAAAUUUGUGCCUUUCGACUAAUUCUUUAAAAGGUUUUCUACUCAUUAAAGGAAGGACUAUAUGAAAUUGCAAUCUUAACUUUGUAAACAAAUAAAAACUUGAAGAUUGCUGAAA